UGUGAUACUAAUGGUGUGAGAUUGAUAUAAAAUACUUGCCAUAUUAAUAGAUGUGAGAAGCAGUUUCAGGAGGAGCAUUUAUUCUCUCGAUCGAUCUAGAGAUUAGAACAUGAAAAUCAGUUUUUAAAGCUGGAGAGCUACUGCAUAAACUUGAAAACAAAAAUCACUUCCAAGUUUCUAGUACUGACCUUAAUUUAUUUUUAAAAUUCUGUUGUAACCUUUAAUAUGUAUAGCUAUGGAGUUUUACCAGUGUUCCUGGCAAAGUGAAUUCAUGCUGUUUUCAUUUUAUUUGUUGACUUACCAUCUGGGGAUAUCAUCAGUUAUUCAAUAGCUUUAAAUAUUUUGGAUAUUGUUCUUAGAAUAUGGCCAAUGUAAUCUAGGUGAUUUAGUUUGGUGUGUCCUUUCCAUUCUGUAGGACUACUGUCUAUCUUCCUGUUCUUUUUAACUCCUCCUACAGCUAUCUCUUAGUGUAUCUACUAUUUGCUGUAAGAGGUAUUCCCUGUUAUUUGUUUUGUUUUUUUCUCCUCCACUGUCCCUAAGCAAGACACAGAAUUACCUUUCAGUAGUACAAGUCAAACAAGUUUAUCAUCACAUCUACAUGUUUUUUUUUUAAUUAUUUUUUUUCCCAGAACCAUUUAUUUUAUAAGUAAUUGUGUCUCCCAAACCAUCUUUAGGCAAACGUUAAAGAAAUAACAUAGCUACACCAGGCAGAAACAUAGACAGUAAAGGGAAACUACUAAGGUAAUCUAGAAUGUGAGACACCCAGACUGUGCCCAACAGAUGUUUAUUAAGUCUGCUCUUACAAAGUUAGUGAGAGCAAUUACAUAACCUCAUGAGGUAGCUUGGCAGUCUGAAAUGUGUGAGAGAACCCAGAGAUAUCUGAGGUAGCAAGGCUAUCUGAAAAUCUAUCCAAGACACUUGUAGCUGCAAACUAAGCCUAUUAUUUCUUCUGAUAUGCAUCUGAACAAAAGAUGUAUACAUCUGUAUGUUGUUGUCGUGCUUCUGGCAGUCAUCUUUACCACAUGAAAAAACUCCACCACCUCUAUUUAUCAUUUUUAAAAGCUUCUAAUUUUUUAUGUUGAUUUUCUCUGAACUUUUUAAAUAUAAUGAAGCCUAUUUUAAAGACACUAAUUUAGCUUAAACAAGUGCAUACUUAAUAGAUGCUAUUUAUCCUGUGCAUUUUAUUUCUGAAAUCCUUAAUGCUCUGCUUACAAAGGUUGAUGUCUAAUGGGACAUAGACUUUAUUCUCAGUGAUAAAAUGAAGCAUGUACACAAAUCUUAAUUUGUUUGUGCCCCCAAAUAUAAAUGUAUAAAAACAUAGAGAAUGUAGGGAAAACAAAGACAAAUAACUUUGAAGCUCACUAAACAUAGUCAUGACUAAAUUGCUGGUAAAGUACGUUCUAGAAAUGUGGAUCUUGCCUUAAACUUUCCUCUGUCCUCUGGUUUUACCAGAGCUUCUGAUCCACUUGUAACUAAGCUGGGUCUUUUGCGCACCUUUUCUGAAGCUAAUGAAGUUUUUACAGAAUAUCACUAAUACUUCCAUGAGCAUAUAGAAAUGGGUAUGAGGGUAGAACAAAGGACUUUAAAAUUGUGUAAAACAAACUGAUCUACAGGCUGGAGCUCAAGUUCUCUGUGUGUGAUUACAGACCUGUACAGCUGAAUUGAGGAAAAGCUGAGGUGAACGUUGCGCAUGGUUGAAAGACACUGGAUAUUUUCUACAAAAGUUGACACAAGGUACAUCAUUUCACAAGCAUACCCCCCUGUAAUACAAAUAACAUCCCUGGUUAUUGUAGCUUACAGGAAUGUAAGUUUGCAAUGUUACUGCGGAAAACCAUUGCUGUUUUCUGUGGAUGUAGCAAUGUUUCCGUAUACAUGUUCUUGGAUGAUAAAUGGUACUGAGAACUUCUCACAGAAAAUACCGUUUUCCAACGUAUGGGAGGAGUGGGAGAAGAUAAGAAGGUGAGUUUGGGGCCUUUUUAAUGAAGGAGAAAGUUGGGAUAACCCACAUGUGAGAUUUUGCCAAAACAACUGGGGAAAGAGGAAAAAAGUAAACUUGGACUGCAUGCUUAAUGGGCAAACUUAUCUGAUUUGAAUUAUACGAAAUAAUAGGUUCGUUCUAUUCAAGUCUCAUCCCAGACCCACCCCCCUUUUCCAGCCCUAGGGGAGGGAGCGUUAAAUAAUGGUCUGUGUAAACUGAUGCUCAUGCAGUAAGAGUUUGGAGUAGUGCUGCUUGUACAAGUUAAAGCAGGCAGCGAAGAAAGAACAACCAAAUAAAAAGCAGCUGCAGGGGGACAGGAAAAAAAAAAAAAAAAACACCACCUAAAAAACCCAAAAACAACAACAAAAAAGUGGACCUUCCUGAAAUCAAGACAUGUCUUUCCUGACCAGAGUUCUGACAACGAAAUGCAAGCAGACACUUGAAUCCGAGAGGACUUACUUCCAGCACGCGCUUUUUGUCAGCAGGUUUCACCAGGCGCCCGUGCCGUCGGGCAGUCAGUCCCUGGAGGUGCGGAGCGGCGCGGGGAACAAAGCGGCGCGGCCGGGGGAGCUGCUGGAACCCUCCCCGCAGCUGGGCAGGGUGAAGAGUUUGCACGAAAUGCCCGGACCCAACACCCUCUACAAUCUCUACGAGUUCUUCUGGAAGGACGGCUUCGGCCGCAUUCAUGAGAUCCAGCAAAAACACACUCAGGAAUAUGGAAAGAUCUUCAAGUCUCACUUUGGUCCCCAGUUUGUUGUAUCCAUUGCAGAUCGAGAUAUGGUUGCUCAAGUGCUCCGGUCAGAAGGUAGAGCACCACAGAGAGCUAACAUGGAAUCAUGGCAAGAAUACAGAGACUUACGAGGAAGAGCUACAGGACUAAUUUCAGCAGAGGGGGAACAGUGGCUAAAAAUGAGAAGCGUACUGAGGCAAAAAAUUCUGAAACCCAAAGACGUGGCGAUUUACUCUGGAGGAGUCAAUGAAGUUAUCACAGAUUUAAUUAAAAGAAUCUACACCCUCAGAAGUCAAGAGGAAGAUGGGGAAACAGUGACCAAUGUUAAUAAUCUUUUCUUCAAGUACUCAAUGGAAGGUGUGGCUACUAUUCUGUAUGAAUGCAGGUUGGGCUGCCUGGAAAACAACGUCCCACAACAGACUGUUGAAUAUAUCGAGGCUCUGGAGUUGAUGUUCAGUAUGUUUAAGACCACAAUGUAUGCAGGUGCCAUUCCCAGAUGGCUUCGUCCAUUUAUUCCAAAACCCUGGAGAGAGUUCUGCAGAUCCUGGGAUGGACUCUUCAAAUUUAGUCAAAUUCAUGUUGACAACAAACUGAAGUCUAUUCAGUCUCAACUGGAUCAAGGAGAAGAAGUGAACGGUGGGCUACUUACGUACCUCCUCGUGAGUAAGGAGCUUACUUUGGAGGAGAUUUAUGCCAAUAUGACUGAAAUGCUCCUGGCAGGAGUGGACACAACUUCUUUUACUUUGUCCUGGGCAAUAUAUAUGUUGGCAAAGCACCCUGAGGUUCAACAACGUGUUUAUGAGGAAAUAAUCAAUAAGCUGGGGAAAGACCAAGCUCCUGUUGCUCGUGAUGUGCCCAAAUUGCCUUUGAUUAGAGCUGUGCUGAAGGAAACUCUGAGGUUAUAUCCCGUAUUACCAGGAAAUGGAAGAGUGACCCAGAAAGACUUGAUUGUUGGAGGAUACUUGAUACCUAAAGGGACGCAGCUGGCACUCUGUCAUUAUACUACUUCGUACAGCGAAGAGAAUUUUCCAAUGGCCAAUGAGUUCCGGCCCGAGCGCUGGCUGCGGAAAGAUAAUUUGGACAGGGUAGACAAUUUUGGUUCCAUCCCCUUUGGUUAUGGCAUUCGAAGUUGUAUUGGAAAAAGAGUUGCAGAACUGGAAAUUCAUCUUGCACUGAUUCAGUUGCUUCAGAAUUUUGAGAUCAAAAUUUCUCCGAAAACUGAACCAGUUCACGCAAAAACCCAUGGACUUUUGACUCCUGGAGGCUCCAUCAAUGUGAGAUUUUCUGACAGAAAGUGAGACUGAGAUAUUUUGGAAAUACUCGUAUGAUUUUCAGGGGAACAGGCUUGCAUCUAAUGGACGUUUGAUCGUAACAUGUUCUCUGGUUUGUAGUUUCUUCACAGUAUGACCAAGUAUUAAGUUCUGCCUUAUACCUAGCAGCACAUAACAAAAGUUACCUCUCUUGUAACUGAUAAUUACACGUUUGAAGAUACAUGCUAAAACAGCUCCUUCUUGCACUGGGAUUCUCCUACUUGUAUUUCAAGUUGUAGCAGCACAUGCAUUUGGGAAAAAAAAAAAAAAAA